CCCUAGUGGUGCUGCCAGUGUAGUGUGUACUGUGCCGUGGUCGUCAGUGAUGUUGUGAGUGAGCGAGCUAGUAGUGAAAGUGGUGAAAGAUUUUUCCCCCUAGUCUGGAUUAGCGCUGUGAUUUUCUACUCCAGCGUUCGCUUGCCGCUCGGGAACAAGAUUUGCUCAGUUGACACUCGGAACGUGACGCGGCGAUGGCAUCGCGCGGUGGACCCAUGAUUGUCGGCACCGAUGGUGCCGAUUUCGAGCACAGGCAGCGUGUGGCCGCACAUUACCAAAUCAGCGCACUCAACAAAGCUCGGUUAAAAUACUGCAUUUUCUUCCACUACCUGUUGUUUUUCGUGAUGCUAGUUAAACUGUCCGCCGACAUCCUGGAUCGCCUGGAUAUCUUCAUUCUGGAAAUAGAAGAACUGCAAAUUCCACAGCCCCUGUGGUGGGAGUACUUCUGGUGUCUAUCGGUGUUUCUGUCCUUCAUCGGUCUCUCGGCCGCCCGUCGCAACCGAAUAAAUGACAUGAAGAAGUACAUGGUAGGUAUUAGCACGAUCGCCUUCGUACCGCUGCUGUACUGCCUCAUCUACUAUCUGAAUGACGUGAUGGAAUACAUAAAAAUGGAUGAAGAUACCGAGCUGGAGGACACCGACAUCUUCGUCUGGCAGGUAAUUGGCUAUCCGUAUGGGCUGUUGUGGUACGGAUUUGUGCUGCUAGCACUGCAGGUACAUUUCUUUUCGUUAUACUUUGCCUGGAAUCUUAUAAAGGCCUGGAGGUCUCGUGGAUCUCUUAAGAAAGGAGAGUAACCCCAUGCGCAAACACGCCGGAGAAGAAACAUCGCAACCAUUUGAAAGACAAUAUUACCGACAAAUCUACCGAAUUCCUUAUUGGUACUAAAACGUUAGCGGCAUUAAAUGGCUUAGCAACUUCUUCGAUAUCACGGAAACUUCUUUCGUACAAUUCACAGAAGAAAAAAACAGCUAGAGAGAAAAUGCAGUAGUUGAGCAAUAUUUCCAUCGGUGUUUAGAGAAGUGAUUCAAACAAACUCAAUGCAAUUUACCGUGCUUGCUUCUCAAGUUGAAUAAAAACACUUCGUUUUCAAAUGAAGCAUGUUCACCUAAAUUAUCGUAAACCGCACUUGUUGCCUGCAAACCAGCGCCGUUCUCUAGCAAUUCUCAUCUGAACAUUACACAAAAAUGACUCCGACAGCUAAUCGGAGAGACGUACUAAAACAUGUUAAACACGAACGAACGUAAGGCUGCCACAGACCUUAUCUAUAGAUUUUUGAUUGUCUUAUAGGUUUUUUCUUCGAUUUUGUUUACAAUUUUUUAAUUUUAAAACGAGACGUUAUUUAUUAUCGGGAAAGUUAGACAGCCGCAGUUUAAACGACCUAACAAGAGAGCUCAAGUUAUUUGAUAUUUACAUCAUACUCCACCGUACGCGGAGACCACAGGAAAACUGUUAUUUGUACAAUUACCUAUUUUCGGAUCGUUAAGGUGAGCUAUAAAAUAAACAGUUGAACAACGUUGUUAUGCCCAGUUACUAUAUCGCGCACACACACACAGAAAGAACGGAUUCUGCUACUGGUCACGAAUUGAAGAAAGUCUACACAACGUUCAUGCGAUGUGUGUGAAAUUUUAGAGGUGCAUUGAAGAAAUUUUCAAAAACUCAAAGCAGGAACACAGAGGUGAGAGCUUAAAAUAAUCUAAAAAACACCCUAAUAAUAUUUAUUGUGAGUAAUGUUAUUCAAACUAUUCUUAUGAACGAGGAAGAAAUUGAUUGAUACUUUAAAAGAGGGAGAACAAAUAAAGUUGUUGCAUGUAAACUUGGAUACCUGGAA